AUGAAGACUGGCGCAGCCAGCGGCGGUAUGAAAGCGACCGUCUCCAAGUCCAUGUCCCAUGUGUUGCCGGGAUAGUCUUGAUCAUGGCGAUGCGGCAAGCCUCCCAUGGAUGUGGGCCAUGACGGCAGAGUCCCAUCAUCGGGAGCCUUCCAUGGAAUGUUCGUCACUCAUAGCCGAAAGCAGCAAAGCCGCCGGCUGUGUGACGGCGUGGAAUGGCCGUCACGCACGCGUGGGGCCGAGUCAAUCAAAAUCACGGUCAUCGGGAGCGAGGGGCGGGCUGCGGGAGAGAGACGGGCAUGGACGGCAAGUGGGCGGAGGGCGGCAGGUAGUAGAAGAGAUGGCACACAAAGUGGUGGGUGUGAGCAGCGUGAGUGGUCCGUAGUGACGUUCCGGUGAGGGUGCGGAGGUGCGGCGAAAAAGGUGCCCGGGAAGCCAGCCGCCGGGGACACGCUCAACAUGCAGGGAGGGGAGCGACGGAGUGUUGGAGCGGGGGAGGAAGGCACUCGACUUUCUGCUCUGCAGCUUGGAGAGCAAGGUAAGGAAGACGUCGUCGGACCCGCACGCCCUCUCCCCCCGUGACCCGAGCAUGGCGAUGGCAGCACUCUCGCCGCAGCAGGUGCACAUCCGGUCGCAGCUGGAGGACGACUGGGAGGCGAGGCUGAGCCACGUCCUGGCCACGGGUGCACCCGAGGACGCUGUGGCGUACUUUUGCAAGGUGGUCUCCGUCCUCGAGGCCACCUACGGCACGGCAGACCCUGCUGCGCCAUCGGCUUGCCUCCGCCCGCUGCUCAUGGGCUACGUGGCCAAGACCUUGCAGACGACCCGCCUCUCGGGCAAGGCUCUUGCAGCCUUGGAUGGCGUCGGAAUUCGUGUUGGCGGCGCUGGGGCGCCCGAGGCCCUUGCCCAGGCUGCCAAGCAGGCCAUGCAGACCACGCCUCUGGCUGCCUCGCCUGUCCUCUCGCAGUGCGAGCAGACCCGCCGCGAGGCCGACGCCGUCAUCGCCUGUACCCGUGGCGUCAACAACGAGGUCGGUGGCGUCCUUGACGGCGAGUUUGGCUCGUGGCUCGACGCGUACACCGUCGGCGACGCCACAGCUCGCAUGUUCAAGAUCAACCACUGGGCAAAGGCUCUUGACGAGCACGGGAACCUCACCGACGCCCAGGUGGAGAACACUGCCGUCACCCUUGUCCAGGUCGCCAUUGCACACUGCAACGUCAUCUGGGCCCGUUUCCGCGUCCGCCCAGCCUCGGUCGUCUGGCUCAUCCUCCGCGCCCUCGACAUCCUCGACACCCGCGGCCUGUUCCAGGCUCUCGCAGACUCGGCCUCUGACGUUGCUCAUGAGCUUUUUGACGGCUGGCUUCACGAGCUCCACCCGCUCGUCGUCCGCAACCGCGUCCAUGCUCUCGCCGGGCAAAUCAUGAUCUCGGCGCGCGCCGGUGCCUACACUGACGCCCUGCUGCAGUGGACUCGCCUCGAGGGCGAGGAAGAGUCGCUCAACGAGAUGGUUCCCGACGCCAUCAACAUGGUCUCCGACGCCAUCGCUGCCAUCAAGUCGCGCUUCGCCGUUGCGCUCCAGGCCGAGCUCGCCCCGCUCACGCUCUCCACAGACGGCAAGGCCCUCUCGCUCCUCACUGCUGCUGUGGUCUCCAACACGGCCAUUACCGCCGUUGCCUCGCGCUACGCAGCUGCCCUCGCCUCCAUCCGCGGGCCGGCCGACUUUGCCGCCGCCCUCGCGCGCUCCGAGGCCAACUCGCUCGGCCCUAUGAUUUCAGACGACGUCAUUGCCUGGGAAGCGUGUUCCGCGCAGCUGGCAGACUCAAUGGUCGCCACCCAAGACAUUGAGUACGUCUACCGCCACCUCAUCUUCUCGCUCAUCCGUCAGCACGAGUACCUCGCGGCAGACAUGUUACUCCAGGCUCUCGUCGACCGCAUCACCGCAGACGUCGCCGCCGGCUCUUCCAUCGAGCGCGGUCAGUUUACCAAGCAGACUGAGGCGUACGACCCAUGGCUUGCCCGUCGCAUCCGCGUCCGCGGCAUCCGGCACGCUUCGUCGCCCUCGGCCGCCUUUGCUGCCUUCCUCUCGCUCAACCUCACCAUGGCAGACAUGCUGGAGGACGAGCACCACCCGGUCGUCCACAUGGCGCUUGCCUGCUACGACCAUGAGCUCCAGUCCGGAGGCAUCGGCGAGGCCGGCGCUCUCCCCGAUGGCCUCGUUGUCUCGGUCGAGUGGCUCUGUGCCUCGUGCUUCUCCUUCCUCCCGCACUCGGCGCCCAUGAUUGUCGCCGAUGCCGACGGUGUGCAGCUCUGUUCCACUUGCGCGCGCUAACACACCUGUCCCACUUGCCA